AUGGAGCAUCUCAACCAACAUCCAGACAAAUAUGAGCCAGAAGUCGACUACCCGAUUGACUCCCAAAGCCAUGAAUCUGACGACACAAUUGAAGAAAUCAACUCACUCGAGCUUACCCGUAUCAAUACCUAUCGACUGCAACAGAAGACAACGGUAGGUUCCACAAGAGGACCUACUCCCCGUGACAGAUGGCUUCCUAUGGGUGCCAACAAAGAUUAUCCCCCUCUACUCCCAGAUUCUGAGAACUAUGUCGUGGAGUUUGAUGGAGCCAAUGAUCCCUUACAUCCAUACAAUUGGUCUACACCUAGGCGAAUCAUGUUAGUUUGUAUCCUAUGUUAUGGUACCUUCGCCGGAUCGUUUACCAGCGCUGUCUUCUCGGCUGCUAUCCAUGGCUUUAGCAAGGAGUUCAACACAAGUACCGAAAUUGGCUCACUUGGCGUGACACUCUAUGUGCUUGGAUUCGCAGCAGGACCAACAAUUUGGGCACCAGGAUCAGAGCUGAUCGGCAGACGUUGGCCACUAUCUCUCGGACUUUUCGGAUGUGCUAUCUUCACAAUAGCAUGUGCAGUUGCCAAAGAUAUACAGACUGUCAUGAUCUGCCGUUUCUUUGCUGGUCUGUUCUCAGCCAGUCCUAUUUCAGUCGUUCCCGCCGUCUUUGCAGACUUGUUCAACAAUACACAACGGGGUGUCGUCAUGUCUAUUUUCUGCAUGGCGGUGUUCAUCGGGCCCUUUUCGGCUCCGUUUGUGGGUGGCUUCAUUGCCAUGAGCCCUUUGGGUUGGAGGUGGACGAUGUAUAUCUCUGCAAUCAUGGUCUUCAUAGGGUUUCUCCUAGUCUUUGUCUUCCUCGACGAGACUUACGCUCCAGUUAUCCUUGUCCGCAAGGCGGCUACCCUCCGCCGACAGACUCGCAAUUGGGGCAUCCAUGCAAAGCAAGAUGAAGUGGAAGUGGAUCUCACGGAGCUUCUGCGGAACAACUUUGCCCGACCCAUUAUAAUGUUGAUCACGGAGCCCAUACUGCUUCUGGUCUCAUUGUACAUCUCCUUCGUCUAUGGCCUCAUCUAUGCUCUGUUAGGAGCAUACCCUGUUGUCUUCCAAGGCGUUUACGGAAUGAGUAUGGGUGUCGGUGGACUUGCGUUUAUCGGCCUCAUCAUAGGUGAACUUCUUGGCGGUGUUUAUAUCCUCCUGAUACAGGGUUCAUACAAGGCGAAGCUGGCGGCAAACGGUGAUAAGCCUAUCCCUGAAUGGCGCCUUCCCCCUGCGAUUAUAGGAGCUGUGUCAUUUGCAGGAGGGAUGUUUUGGUUCGGCUGGACCGGAUACACUUCAUCCAUUCACUGGAUGGCUCCUGUAGCUUCAGGGCUCCUCACCGGAGUGGGGAUCUUCUUGAUCUUCCUGCAGUGCUUCAAUUAUAUCGUUGACUGCUACCCUUCGUUGGCUGCAUCUACUAUCGCCGCGAACACAAUCUUACGAUCAGCUAUUGGCUGCUCGUUCCCACUAUUCUCCCGGCAAAUGAUGGAAAACCUAGGAGUGCAAUGGGCAGGAACAUUGCUUGGAUGUCUCGCAAUCGUGAUGAUUCCCAUUCCUGUUCUGUUCAAGAUCAAGUACACCCAAGGAUACAUGGAUGUCGUGAUUAAUUGGGACCUCAAUCGCUGGACUUCCUCCGAUGACCGCGUCCGUGGUGGAUCAUCGGUGUCAAAUCUCGAGCCUACUGCCCAAGGGGUACUUUUUCACGGAAAUCUCGACAUUGAGACACUCGGUGGUGCCGGUUUUGCUUCACAACGCACGGUCGGAGACGAACAAAGAUGGGACCUUAGCGGAUACGACGGUGUUGAGCUGCACAUUAUUCCAUCGGACGGAAAUCGAUACACUUUCUCCUUGACAGACGAAAUCUCACAACGGAGGCCUGAUGGUCGUGAACAAAGCGCUCUUGUCUGGGAAUAUGAUUUCUGCACGAGUGAGACAGGGCGCGAAGUGCGUCUGUCAUGGAAGGAUCUGAAACCGACAUAUCGGGGGAAGCCGGUAGAAGAUGCGAGGCCGUUGGACUUGUCGCGUAUAAAAAGGGUUCGGAUCAUGAUUCGAAGUUUCUUCGGAGCACAACAAGGCGACUUUAGCCUGAAUAUUCAAUCUAUCGGAGUGUUCCGCGAGAGCUACCUUGAUAACCCUAAUGUCACAAAGGAGUCUAUCGACGGUGGUGAUGAGCAAACCGAACCGAAGGAAGCUAGACUGAAGAAAAGCAUUGCACCAUUGAUCUCCCGCAGCUACUGGCAUGCCAUCAAUUCAACCUUUGAUUGA